AUGAAUCGAUUAAUCGAACGAGAAUUAAGUAAAAAAUUUGAUCAUGAAUUAUAUAGUCUUAAACCUAAGCAUCGUCCUUUACAACAACAUCCAUUCAUUAAUGAUGAUUUACCUAAUCGAAUCUUAUCUGGUUUAGUAAUAAUAAAAUCAAAUGUAAAAGAAUUUACAUCUGAUGGUCAUGGUGUAAUAUUCGAAGAUGGUACACAAAUUGAUCAUAUUGAUUGUAUUCUUAUGGCAACUGGUUUUAAUAUUUCAUUUUCUUAUUUAAAUGAAACUACUCUAUCGGUCAAAGAUAAUAAGAUUCAACUUUAUAAAUUUGUUUGGCCAUCUCAUUUAAUUCAUUCAACACUUGCUGUUAUUGGUUUAAUACAACCAUGGGGUGCUAUCAAUCCAAUGGCAGAAUUACAAGCACGUUGGGCUGUUCGUAUAUUUAAACGUGAAUUAAAAUUACCUUCACAUAUGAAAAUGAAUGAAAAUAUUCAUGAACGUUUCAAUCAAAUGUGUGAACGAUAUGUUACAUCACCACGACAUACGAUACAAGUUGACUAUAUUGAAUAUUGUAAUGAACUAGCUGAUGAAGUUGGUUGUCGACCAGAUAUAUUAUUUUAUCUUUUAAAUGAUUUUAAACUUGGUUGGUUUUUACUUUUUGGACCUUGUACUCCAUAUCGAUAUCGUUUACAAGGACCCAAUCAAUGGAAAGAUGCUCGACAAACAAUUUUCACACAAAAUGAAAGAGUUGAAUAUCCAUUACGUUGUCAAUGUAGAAAUAGACAAAAUCAAUCAAUAAAAUAUACUAUCAUUCCAAUGUCAAUAUUUUCAUUAAUUUUUGUUAUAUUAAUUUUACUAAUUAUUUGUAAAUUUCUUUUUGAAUAG